AUGGCAGCUGACCAUCCCAAACUUUCUGCCGAUGAGGAUUCACGAACAACCUUAGGCAAAAGGCCAAAAGCACAAAUUUCAACGGACAACGGUGUGCAGGUAGACUCUGCGCAGUCUGCGCCUCGUAAGCGCGCCAAGAAAGAAACUAGCCAAUGGCUUGAAGACUUUGACGGUAGUAGUUCUCCUCGGGAAACUACGAAUCCUACAGCUGUAAGCGAAGUAGUUCCAUCGAGAAAUAGAGCGGAUGACGAGAAGGCUGCGGAGAAUGGAUUCAAUCGACCUUCCCCAAAUUACCCUUCAAAAAUACCCGUUGCUUUCUCGCCAUCAGACAUUCCCGACCUUCGAGAUGUCAUAGACCUCUUUCCUUCGAAAUCAGAAUCGAGCAAGGUGAAAUGGCCAGUCAAGGAGAAUAAAGCCUACGUCACAGCGUUCGAGAACCUGAUCAAACACAACCCUAAGUCGACAAAAGAUUCAGAUGCCUUCGCGAGUAGACUGGCGUGGUAUCAGUAUUUUCCACUUUGUGAGAAAUGGUUCAACCCUCCACCAGCGAAGGCCCGAGAGGUUGCCCACGGAAGAACGGAGACUAAAAAAGCAAGACUUCGCUUCUGGUCAUUAGUUGAGAAUUGUAAGGCAGAAGGCACAUUACUGGAAUUACGUGCGGGCAAAUUUGGAGGUGUUGAGGCGCUUCGCGAGUAUGCUGAGGACCACAAGAUGGAAGAAAAUUUAGAAGAUGAAGCUGAUGACCUGAUCAAGACUUCUGAGCGCUUUGAGAUGGCGGUUGCCCGUCGCAAACAGAUCCCCUCAGUCAAGGUGAAAGCUUGGGGUCGCGCAUGUCAGAAGGUGCAUUUUACAGAAGUUGAUCUGAAUUACUGUAAAUACUACCCAAGCGGUCUCGAAUAUCAACCUAUAAGUACGUUCAAAAGGCCUAGUUUCGACGUACCGGACAUGACACCAUCAUUGAACGGCUCGCCAGCGCAGCUUUGGAGGCUAGUUGAGAAGUGCAUGAGCGAUGGAAACUUGCAGAAGCUUAAAGACGGGCAAUUAUCUCCAGAGUAUGUGACGCAAGCGGCAACUCAUUUGAACGCGGAUCUGGAUAGUUCUAACAACGCCACGAACCACCAAUUAAAUACUGAAUUAGACUCUGCAAGCCUAAUUGAAACUGGUGACGAUAGCGACAAAGAUGAAGGUGGUGUAGCAAUUCUCACAAAUGCAGGUCUGAGAAUUGAUCGGGUUACACUAUCGCCGAACGACAAUUACGGUAUGUCUCCUAUCGACCAGGAGGCCAGAAAGGAGCGUACGGAAGCGAAUCAGCAUCUUGAAAGUGACUCACAGGAUUCAGAUGAGAUGCACGUUUACGCAAAUUCUGAGCUGGUGGCACCGCGUGCAUCUUCUCGCCCUCAAUCUCCCAAAAUAAUGCUUGAAGAGCAACAGGAGUUUAAGUUAGGAGUACGUAUAUUAGCUGAUUUGACACCAGAAGAUCUUAACGCACAAUUGCGAUAUUUUCACCUGUUCAAGCAGGCAAACGAGGUGCCUGGCGAUGCCUUAGUCAGAUGCUUGACAUGUCGUGAAGCAGGUCAUAUGGCACCAGACUGUGUAGACUUGACCUGCACCCACUGUGGUGCCUUCAAUGUUCAUGCGAGUUCAAAGUGCAACUUGGUAAAGAAAUGCACUAAAUGCAAGGAACAAGGUCAUGUUGUUGCCGAAUGUCCUCACAAACUGAAGCGAGUGAUGACUCAUGAACUUUCAUGCAAUCUUUGCAAGCGUAAUGGGCACGACGAGGAGGACUGCGAGCUCAUUUGGCGUACGACCGGACUCCCUGUAAGCUUCGACAUGCCGAAAGCAGACCUCAAUCAUCUAUCAUGUCACGAAUGUGGAAAGUCUGGCCACCUGGGCAAUGACUGUCCAUCUCGCAGACCAGGUAAGGCAUUUGGUACAACAACAUGGUCGCUUCAAAAGGACACAUUUAUCAGACGGCUCGAUUCUGCCGCUCCUGAGCUCAGGAUUCGUGGUCGAGCUCGGCAACCUCCUGCCCAACCGGCCGUGAUCAGCGAUGAGAACGAUCAGAACAACUUUUACCGCUCGAGACAGCAAAAGCCAUCUGGUCGAGGCCAAAUUCGUAUCAAGAAUAACUUUGCCAAUAGCCAGACUCUGAACUCACUUCAACCGAUCUCGACAAGUGACGGCCUCAAUCCCUCUAAAAAGAGUAAUCAAUCACAGUCCGAAGCUGGCUAUGGACACCCCCGAGGGUCUCAUGAUGCACCGCGUCAAGCUUCUAAUACCAACUCACAAUACAUUUCCAGUCCCAUGAGUUGGAAUCUCCAGGUCCAGCCUCAAGUGGACCGGUACCUUCCCCAGCAACCGUCUGCUCAACCAUACCGGCCAAUGCCAAGUGCAGCCCAGAAUGCAUGGAGCAAAUAUCGAUCUUGA